AUGGAGGGUAUCCAAAUACCCAGCAGCCUGCAGAGUCUGACGUUUGGCUUCGAGUUCAACCAGAGCUUGUAUGGCAUUCAACUACCCAGCAGCCUGCAGAGUCUGACGUUUGGCGGAGAGUUCAACCAGAGCUUGUAUGGCAUCCAACUUCCCAGCAGUCUGCAGAGUUUGACGUUUGGCGAUGACUUCAACCAGAGCUUGGAGGGCAUCCAACUACCCAGCAGCCUGCAGAGUCUGAUGUUUGGAAUCGAGUUCAACCAGAGCUUGUAUGGCAUCCAACUACCCAGCGGACUGCAGAACUUGACGUUCGGUGAGCACUUCAACCAGAGCUUGGAGGGCAUCCAACUACCCAGCAGCCUGCAGAGUCUGAGGUUUGGCGGGAAGUUCAACCAGAGCUUGAAGGGCAUCCAACUACCCGGCAGCCUGCAGAGUCUGGCCUUUGGCUGGGAGUUCAACCAGAGCUUGAAGGGCACCCAGCUACCAAGCAGCCUGCAGAGUCUGACGUUUGGCGGAGAGUUCAACCAGAGCUUGUAUGGCAUCCAACUACCCAGCGGAUUGCAGAACUUGACGUUCGGUCACCGCUUCAACCAGAGCUUGGAGGGCAUCCAACUACUCGGCAGUCUGCAGAGUUUGACGUUUGGCACCAAGUUCAACCAGAGCUUGUAUGGCAUCCAACUUCCCAGCAGUCUGCAGAGCUUGACGUUUGGCGCAGAGUUCAACCAGAGCUUGGAGGGCAUCCAACUACUCAGCGGACUGCAGAACUUGACGUUUGGCGCAGAGUUCAACCAGAGCUUGGAGGGCAUCCAACUACCCAGCAGUCUGCAGAGUCUGACGUUUGGCGCAGCGUUGAACCAGAGCUUGGAGGGCAUCCAACUACCCAGCAGUCUGCAGAGUUUGACGUUUGGCACCAAAUUCAACCAGAGCUUGAAGGGCAUCCAACUACCCGGCAGCCUGCAGAGUCUGAGGUUUGCCUGGAAGUUCAACCAGAGCAUGGAGGGCAUCCAACUACCCAGCAGCCUGCAGAGUCUGACGUUUGGCGGAGAGUUCAACCAGAGCUUGUAUGGCAUCCAACUACCCAGCGGACUGCAGAACUUGACGUUCGGUGAGCACUUCAACCAGAGCAUGGAGGGCAUCCAACUACCCAGCAGCCUGCAGAGUCUGACGUUUGGCUUCGAGUUCAACCAGAGCUUGUAUGGCAUCCAACUACCCAGUGGAUUGCAGAACUUGACGUUCGGCAUCCAACUACUCAGCAGUCUGCAGAGUUUGACGUUUGGCAGCAAGUUCAACCAGAGCUUGAAGGGCACCCAGCUACCAAGCAGCCUGCAGAGUCUGGCCUUUGGCUGGGAGUUCAACCAGAGCUUGGAGGGCAUCCAACUACCUAGCAGCCUGCAGAGUCUGACGUUUGGCGCAGAGUUCAAUCAGAGCUUGUAUGGCAUCCACCUACCCAGCGGACUGCAGAACUUGACGUUCGGUCACCGCUUCAACCAGAGCUUGGAGGGCAUCCAACUACCCGGCAGUCUGCGAAGUUUCACUUCAGCAAAUUUUUGCGUUACCACGUGGUGA